AUGACAAGCGUCAACACUUUGUCCGGACUCCUGCUUCUCAUCAUCAUCCAAAGCAGCUGGCAGGUGCCUGACCAGGACACAGAGCAUAACUCCAUGUUAUUGCCCGAAAACGGCAUGAUGACGGAACCAAUUGAGCUCCCAAAGAGACAUUCAGAGGGAACAUUUUCAAACGACUACAGUAAAUACCUGGAGACAAGACGAGCGCAAGACUUUGUCCAGUGGCUAAAGAACUCAAAAAGGAACGGGAGUUUAUUUAGACGCCAUGCGGACGGCACCUACACCAGCGACGUGAGCUCCUACCUGCAGGACCAGGCAGCCAAGGAGUUUGUGUCCUGGCUGAAGACCGGCCGGGGCAGGAGAGAGUAG